ACGGAUGAACCGAUUUUGAUUUAGUUAUUUUUUGUCUGAAAGCUGAGUUAAUCGGGAGUGGUCUUAUUAAGUUUUUUAUUUCCUCGUGUAGUUGUAUUGUAGGUAAUAAACAAUUUUGCCACGGAAGAUUACACUUUUCAAACCACUCGCUAUGCUCGUGGUAUUGGUACUAACUGGGUUCGUUCAUCUGCCCGUGUACAAGUAUUAUUAGGACGAGCGGUUAAACAAUAACUUUACUUCCUUUUAAAAUGUCCUUACUUAUAAGUAAUAUUGAUUUACUAUUAUUUACUUCGAGCACAUUCAUUCAUUUAUUAAAUUCAUUAUUUACACACACGUUCCACGUUAUUAUUUCGAAUUCCUCGAAGCUUAUUAACACGAUGUUAACACCAACUUCUCUCCACCAGAUAUUCGCACAAGAUGACAACAACGCCACUGAAACACAGACUAGGAUGUGUUGCCCGUGUCCUCCCGGCGUCACUGGUGUCCCUAUGGACGUCGCGUCUUUCACCCCCCUGGCGCGGCGCAUGGAGGGCGCCGCAUCUACCUUUACCCCCCUGGCGCGGGGCAUGGAUGGCGCAGCGUCUAGUUUUACCCCCCUGGCGCGCGGUGCUGACGGCGUGGACGACUGCCCGUGCCGCGCUCGCGACGCCGACUCCGAGGGCGCCGCAUCGCUCUUCUUUCCUCACGCGGUCCGUCCUUUUGGGAAUGUCAUGAGGCCAGACCCCAAGGAGGAAUCAAAACCGCUUCUGCACCCAGAAGUCGGUCUCGCCUCGUCAGUUCUGGAGACUCUUCGCGAGGCCACAGAUGAAGAAUACAGAGACGCCCUCCAGAGAGAUGCUGCUAGAGCGGCUGCCGACGUGACGUCCCUAGCUGACCUCAUCGACGGCACCCCCGAGGAAGCCAGGAACGUAGUCACCGUAAUCGAGUUCAAUCAACAUCACCCCUCGUAA